UUCUCUAUAACAAUAAAUACAUUCAAAAUUUUGCACCACAACACCAAAAAUCAAUGGCUGCAAAUUUCAACCGCAACAUGACUGAAACCAUCAUCACAACUCACCCUCAUUGGUAUUCAUCAAAAACUGGAAUUUACAGUAGUGUUCAUUCUCCUUUGAAUCUUCCAACUGACCCUUUUGUUGACAUUGUUUCUUUCAUUUUUUCACAUCCUCAUGAUGGGGUUUUCGCUCUUAUUGAUUCCUCAUCUGGGUUUUCCAUUUCUUACUCAAAGUUGUUACCUUUAGUCAAAUCUAUGGCUUCUGGUUUACACAAAAUGGGUGUUUCACAAGGUGAUGUUGUUUUGCUUUUACUUCCAAAUUCAAUUUACUAUCCUGUUAUAUUAUUGGCUGUUUUGUAUUUAGGUGCUGUUGUUACACCAUUGAAUCCGCUUAGUAGUGUUGGCGAAAUUCGUAAACAGGUUAAUGAGUGUGGUGUGAGUUUUGCUUUUACUGUGUCUGAAAAUGUCAAGAAAAUAGAGGUUUUAUUAGGAAUCAAACCCAUUAUUGCUGUGCCUGAAAAUGACAAGGAUUUGAGGAAUGAGUGUUUUUCAUGUUUUUUUAACCUUAUUUAUGGUAAAUUUGAUUUACCUCAAAGAGUGGUUAUUAGACAGGAAGAUACUGCUGGUAUAUUGUAUUCUUCUGGGACCACAGGUGUGAGCAAAGGAGUUGUUUUAACUCAUAGAAAUCUUAUUGCUAUGGUUGAGCAUUUUGUGAGAUUUGAAGCUUCUCAAUAUGAAUACUCUUGUACCAAGAAUAUGUUUCUAGCUGUUUUGCCAAUGUUUCAUAUAUAUGGUUUAUCGCUUUUUGCUGCUGGAUUACUGUCAUUGGGUUCUACGAUCGUUGUAAUGAGGAAAUUUGACAUUGAUGAGGUUGUUAGGGUGAUUGACAAAUAUAAUGUUACACACUUUCCUGUUGUUCCACCGAUGGUGUCAGCAUUGACAGCGAAGGCAAAGGGUGUUAAUGGAAGUAAGUUGAAGAGUUUGAGACAGGUCUCCUGCGGUGCAGCGCCUUUGAGCACAGGAGUUAUUAAUGGUUUUGUCCGUGCUUUCCCCCAUGUCGAUUUUAUACAGGGUUAUGGAAUGACUGAGUCGACUGCAGUAGGAACACGUGGCUUCAAUACUGAAAAGUUUCACAACUAUUCUUCAAUAGGGUUGUUAGCUCCAAACAUGGAGGCAAAAGUGGUAGACUGGAAUGGUUCAUUGUUGCCCCCAGGCGGCAGCGGUGAGCUUUGGUUGAGAGGGCCUUCAAUUAUGAAAGGGUACUUGAAUAACGAGGAAGCUACAAUGUCAACAAUUGAUAAAGAUGGUUGGCUACAUACUGGAGAUAUUGUUCAUUUUGAUCAGGAUGGAUAUUUACAUGUGUCUGACCGAUUGAAAGACAUUAUCAAAUAUAAGGGCUUUCAGAUUGCUCCUGCUGAUAUAGAAGCCGUGUUAAUUAUGCAUCCUGAAAUAGUUGAUGUGGCUGUUACAGCUGCGAAAGAUGAAGAAACUGGGGAGAUUCCAGUGGCGUUUGUGGUCAAGAAGGUUGGAAGUGUACUUUCUCUAAAGCAUGUUAUCGAUUACGUUGCUGAGCAGGUUGCUCCAUACAAGAAAGUUCGGAAAGUGUUCUUCACUGACAAGAUACCGAGGUCACCAACUGGGAAGAUCCUUCGAAAGGAACUCAGGCACUGCUUGAUUUCUAAACUCUAAGGCAUUUUUAUUAGUUUGUGAUACUUAAAUAUUACCAAAGACGAUACAUAGUGGAUUUUUCAUAACAUGAAAUUGGUCCACUACGAUUUUUUUAGUACAUGCAUCAAGAGUACUACUAUAGGAAUGAAGAACAUUGUGUCUUAAUAUUUAGUUACCAAAAAAUUCUAUUCUUCA